AUGCUUCCUGCUCCUCCUCCACACCCGAACCUCAAGCAGCCCAAGCUAUUCGUGUCUGGUCUGGAUCCCAGCCUGUCAGACAAGGACAUCGUUGGCAGCGUCUUUGAAAAGUACCUUCCUGUUCGGUCAGUCUGGCUCGCCGCUUGCACGCCCACUGUCGCGCCAAAUAGCUCACCCUCCGCCUCUUUCUCCUCGCUCCCACCAGCUUGCGUCUUGAUCGCGAAAGCGCCGAAGCUCAAGGCACGCCUGCCAGCGGCACUGUCGAGUUUCAGUCUCUGACAUCAGGUGAGCGAUCGCUGCUGCCACCCAUGUGCGUGUCCAAUCACCACUACGCAGGCUGAUGAAUGCGCGCAUCUCACACAUCCUUGCAGCGGAAAAAGCUUUGGCGACUAUUCGGGGAGGAGUGCGCCUCAGCACCAGCGAGCAAGCAGAGGAUCCUGUCAGCGGCAGCAAAUCCAAGCCACGCCUCAUCAAGCAGCUUCCACCUGGCACAGAAGAUGUGGACGUGUACGACUUGUUCCGACCCUACGGUCCUCUGGUCAGAGCCAAUCGCAUCCUCACAAAUCCAGCUGGUCAGCACACCGGCUUCAGAGGCAUGGCCCUGGUGGAGUACUUUGAAGAGGAGCACGCGCAGGCUGCACAGAACGAGCUCCACUGCACAGACUAUCAAGGCAAGACCAUCUCCGUCGCCAUCGACAAUGUCGCUCGCAGGCCCAGCGCAGCCAACCAGCACGCAUUCAGUCCCUCCGCAGCAGUCUUUGUUCCCGGCGGUGGUGGCAGCUUCAACGCGUCAGCACCGGCGUUCAGGCCGCCAGGGCACACCAACAACGGUUCUGGCUCUUCCAUCUACGCAUCGCAGCCAGCCCCACCUCAGUUGAAUCAGCAGCAAGUGGGUCCCAUCAUUCCCGUUCCUGGCACGAAUUUGCAGUACAGCGCUUCAGCUGCUACGUACAUCGAUCCUUGCAACCUCUUCUGCAAGAACUUGGAUCCGGAAAUCGACUCCAACGACUUGUUUAACGCUUUCAAGUCGUUCGGCAAGAUCGUCUCUGCCAGGGUCAUGAGGGACGAUAGCGGGGUAAGCAGGGAAUUUGGCUUCGUCAGUUACACCAACGCCGACGAUGCGAGUAGAGCAUUGCACGCAAUGAACAACACUCAAAUGGGCGCAAAGCAGAUGAGCGUCAGGCUGCAUGAACCCAAGCGGAUGCGGGAGCAAAAAUUGGCAGCCAAGUUCGGUGGCGCAUCGGCAGACAGCCCACCUAUCAGCGCGGGUGGAGCAGCCUCGGAAACGAAUGGCAGUCCAAGCGGUACGCCUCAAGUGGAGCACGCGGCUGCUGUCAAGAACGCAAACAAGAGGCAAAGUAACAGCUACUUCAAAGCUGCCAUGGAGAACUCUGGAACGACUUUGGAUCACGGCGAGCUGGCUGCUAUGAGCCCUGCUGUCCGCAACGAGGUGGUGGCUGGAGAGUUCACAAGAAGAGUCAAGGAACUGCCCACUGUCAAACCCAGUCAAGUCCAGGACAUCGUUCUCGAACUGCUAAAGCUCAAGCUUUCCGAGCAGGUCGAAGCUCUGAACAAUCCCAUUGAGCUGAUCCAGCGCGUCAGCGAUGCACGCGACGUGCUGCCCCCUUCACCAGUCCAGUCAAAAUCUGCGCAACCUUCCGGCCUAUUGGGUGUGCCUAUCAACCCUUCUGGCAGCCUGGCCGGCACAGACGGCGCGAGCUUCGUCUCGACAGCACCCGCAUCGGCCAAGGAGCGAGAGCGCUUGCUGAGAGCAGUCACCAACUCCGUGCCCAGUGGAAGUCCAGUCGAGGACAUCACAGACAUGCUCGUCAGCCUCAACAAAAAGGAGCGAGCUCUGUGUCUUUUCAAUCCUGAGUUUUUGAAACAAAAAGUCGAGGAGGCCAAGGAGAUUUUGGACAUUUCGGAGGCCGAUUCGGACGAGGGUCCCGCUGGAUCCAUCGCAUCUGGUGCAGCUGCCGCUACUACUGGAGGCGGCAAGACGAGGAUCACAUCCGCAGCACUCGCAGCGGUUUCGGAGGCCGGCGUGUCUUCUUCAGAGGUCGCCGCAUCUGCCCAAACGCACACUCUGGCUAGUCUGGCACGCUUGCCUGCCAUCGAGAUCGUCCGUCUGGCCACAUCGCCAAACUCGUCUGGAUCAGCUGGGCUGCCUUUGCCCAAGGCGGACGCAUCCGUCUCCCAGUCGACCAACGCGUUCAUUGAUUCUUUGAGCAGCAAGUCGCCGCAAGACCAGAAGCAAGCAGUUGGAGAACAGCUCUACAAAAAGGUCAAGAGCUUCGGCGUGAAGGGAGCGCCCAAAAUCACCAUCACCUUGCUGGAUUCCGAGGAUCUUCGAUCUCUGGCCCAUCUCAUGAACUCCUACCCAGAAGUUCUGAGAGAAAAAGUUCUGCUCACUCCGGCCAAGUAG